CGGCGGGGGGAAAGCGCUCUCUUUUCCUUUGCAGGGCUGCGGCGCGGUGGCUGCGGUGCUUGUCUCUCUGAGCUAUCCGGUGCCAUCCUCGUCGCUGCGGCAUCGCCACCCGCCGCUGCCAUGACUGAACAGAUGACCCUUCGUGGUACCCUCAAGGGCCACAACGGAUGGGUAACCCAGAUCGCUACUACUCCGCAGUUCCCGGACAUGAUAUUGUCCGCCUCUCGAGAUAAGACCAUCAUUAUGUGGAAGCUGACCAGAGAUGAGACCAACUAUGGUAUCCCACAGCGUGCUCUGCGGGGUCACUCCCACUUUGUUAGUGAUGUGGUCAUCUCCUCAGAUGGCCAGUUUGCCCUCUCAGGCUCCUGGGAUGGAACCCUGCGCCUCUGGGAUCUGACAACGGGUACCACCACAAGACGAUUUGUAGGCCAUACUAAGGAUGUGCUGAGUGUGGCCUUUUCUUCUGACAACCGGCAGAUUGUCUCUGGAUCCCGAGACAAAACCAUAAAGUUAUGGAAUACUCUGGGUGUUUGCAAAUACACUGUCCAGGAUGAGAGUCACUCGGAGUGGGUGUCUUGUGUCCGCUUCUCACCUAACAGCAGCAACCCUAUUAUUGUCUCCUGUGGCUGGGAUAAGCUGGUGAAGGUGUGGAAUUUGGCUAAUUGCAAGCUGAAGACGAACCACAUUGGCCACACCGGCUAUCUGAAUACUGUGACUGUCUCUCCAGAUGGAUCCCUCUGUGCUUCUGGAGGCAAGGAUGGCCAAGCCAUGCUGUGGGAUCUCAACGAAGGCAAGCACCUUUAUACACUAGAUGGUGGGGACAUCAUCAAUGCUCUGUGCUUCAGUCCCAACCGUUACUGGCUCUGUGCUGCUACAGGCCCCAGCAUUAAGAUCUGGGACUUGGAGGGCAAGAUCAUUGUAGAUGAACUGAAGCAAGAAGUUAUCAGUACCAGCAGCAAGGCAGAGCCACCCCAGUGCACCUCUCUGGCCUGGUCCGCUGAUGGCCAGACCCUGUUUGCUGGCUACACAGACAACCUUGUACGAGUAUGGCAGGUGACCAUUGGCACUCGCUAGAAAUUUUAUGAGAGCUUCACAAAUAAAAAGAAAAAAACUGGCUUUCUACAACUGA